AUGGCGUCUCCCACCAUGGAGCGCAUCGAGCCACACAAGAAGGCGCACUUUAGCCUGCGCCUUGGCCAUGGCAUAACCAGCAGCGACGACUCUUCGAGUGCCUAUAGAAGCGUCAAGUACAACCACAAGCCUGCCCAAACCGCGACCACUCGAACAACGACGCUCACAGCACUCUCGGCCAACACAUACAACCUCAAACUCGAAGACUCGGACGCCUCAGGCACCAAGGACAUGUACACAUUCAAGGGCCAAGGCUCGACGCUGAAGAAGUCCUAUGUCCUUGUCUUUGACCCUUCCUCGCAGCAAGCCACGCUCGAGCCGCUCUCGAGCAGCUACACAUUUAACCUCGCUACCAAGAACGGCAAAGAAGUCGCUUCCCAGCACCCCAAGAUAUACCCCAAGAAGUGCAAGGAUGAUGAUGCAGACCAUGGAGGAGACGACGACGAUCUGUUUGGAGAGGAGGUGGGCGACGAUGAGGCAGGGGACCCGGACGCGGAGAACCCAUACGAUUUCCGCCAUUUCCUGAGCAAGGGGGAGAAGCGCGGUGAUGAGUCCGAAUACAACCGCGCCUCGUCUCCCGAAGACCGCGCAGGCACAGGCAGCGCAGCGAACACACCACAAUUUGGCGCACGGAACCCUGCUGCGGCAUCAAGACCUAAGCCUACAAAACCAGCCCCAGCGAAGCGCAAGGGUCCAACUACAAAUCCCUUGGUUUCCAAGCUCAAAAAGUCACAGGCUACCCCGAAAGUACAACUGCAACGUGCGGCAACGUCAGAUACCCCCAAGACCAAGGCCAAGGCCGCAGGACCUCCGGCCUCGAGGAUCAAAUCCAAAGAAGUCAUUGACUCAUCUGAUGAAUCCGACAUGGACGCAGACCCCCAAGUCGCCUUCUCACCCGCGCGCCGCUCCCCAUCACCCGCCCCUCACCAAUCCCGUCGCUCGCCCUCCUCCUCAGACGCAGAAGCCGAAUCCGCCUCCGAUGACGAUGGUGGCCUCCUCGAAAUUGAAGUGCCGGACGCUGAACCUCCACGUCGCGGUCAUGGUGCCCUGAAAUCACUAGGGCUCGGUCCAAACCUUGGUGGGGGUUUAACGCGUUCACCCUCGACUGGCCCGCGCUCUCUUCUCAGCGCAACGAACAGUGCGCAAGGCUCACCGAAUCCGCAGUCGCUCACCUCGAGAGCCAAUCUCAAUAUGCAGGAUGAGAUAGACUUUGGGGAUUUGGAAGAUGCCGAGGGUGAGGACGAGGGAGAAGACGAGGACGACGAGGAAGAGGAAGAGGGAUACGACAAGGAUGCAGGUCCUAUGGAUAUUGGACCACUGGCGAAGCAGGGUACAGCAGUAUACGAUAGAAAGGCUAGUACAGUAGGUGGAGCAGUAGAGGAUGAUGAAGACGCUCUGGAGAAGUUGAUGAUGGAAGGAUUGUUGGCUGGGGUCGACAGCAGUGAGGAGAGCUUUACCAAAGCACAUUUUGCAAAGAAGCCAUACCUGUUUCUUGGCGAACGUGUUUCCCUAUACAAGCCAUGCACAAUCAAGAAGGGCGGAAUCCGGGAGUACACUCCGGGCUGUUUUGGAACAACGUGCACAGCCAAAGCCGAUGACUUGGCCACUGUGUUUGCCCAAGACCUGCAGUUCUCGAUGGCGUGGCCCCAAACUUCCCCGCACUUUUGGACUGCAUCAUCAGAAGCAACAAUUCCUGUUUUCUACACGCCUUGCGUGACUACACGACUUGACGACUACGCCUUUCGCGACAGCCGCGACAUGUCUGUCGUCGUCGAACAAUACGAUCCCAAAUGGCCUGAAGAGUUUGAGAGAAUCAAGUCCGAUCUAAAAAAAUACCUGCGAGGCGUCGACUACCUAUCCAUCGAGCACGUGGGCAGUACCUCUGUGCCAGGUCUCGCAGCAAAGCCUGUCAUCGACGUUGACAUUAUUGUUACCAGAGAGAAUGUCCAACAUGCCAUUGACGCACUUAUUGACAAGGCCAACUACGAUUACCUAGGUGAGCUGGGCAUUAUUGACCGCCAUGUAUUUAAGGACCCUAGCCAGUCCACUCGCUACAACAUCUAUGUCUGCGUCGACAAGGUCGCACAGACUCGUAACCAUCUCGGUCUGCGCGACACGCUGCGUUCCAAUACUGAGCUCCGCGAUGAAUAUGCCCGCGUAAAGCUCGACCUUGCCGCCCGCUCAACAAACAUCGUCGACUAUCUUGUGGCCAAAGGCGCCAUCAUCCAAAAGAUCCUCAAAGCAUCUGGCCUUCUCACCGACGAUGAACUCCUGGCCAUCCGCAAAGCCAACGUCAAAGGCGAACGCUAUGGCGCAAUCAAGACUCCACGCUUAUUGCUAAGGGAGUUUGUAAUGAAAGAUGUGACUGGCUACUACGAACUUGAAUCCAGCGAGGAAAACGCACGAUAUCAAGACUGGCCGCCUAGAACAAAGCAGCAAGCACGACAACUCGUCGUAGACAACAUCCGCAACCACAACGACGUCCCGCGCACCAUCUACGAACUUGCUGUCGAACACGACGGCCGUUUCAUCGGCCGUGUAGGCGCAAAGACCUCCCAAGCAAACUCCGACAGCCUCCCCGGAGAAGAGACAAUCAAACACGUCACCCACGCCAAUCUCUGGUUCUCCUUCCUCCCCAGUAUGCGCGGCCAAGGCUUUGCCACGGAAGCCAUGACGGCUUUCAUCGACGCGCUGAAGGACCGGCUACAGGACCAGGGCAAAGUCGAGCUGGAAAUCGAAUGCGAUCCCCGCAACGAAGGGAGUUGGAAACUUGCGGAACGAUUGGGGUUUGAGAGGUACAGUCUGACCAAGGAGGCGCACGAGAGUAAAGGAGUUUGGGUGGAUUCGCUGGUGUUGAGGAAGGUUGUUGGGGAUAUCGCAACAGGCAGUCGCCACGUCCGACGAGAAAGCAUGGAAAUCUCACCAAAGUCAAGGCAAGACAAGGCAGACAUCACCGCGUUGAACACUCCACGAGUAACAUACACCCCCACCAGCUCCAGCAACCAAAAUUCGCCAGACCUAUAG